GUAUCCCAAAUAAACGAAACGAGACUGGUAUCUUGGGCGAGAUUGAGGCGUCGCUUUUCUUUAGCCUGCUGGCGAGUAUCUGGACUGCGCCAUGGGGAAAUUGAAUGUAGUUUUACUGCGAUACCUUUCCCGGGAUCAUUUUAGAGUCCUCACUGCGGUAGAAAUGGGCAUGAAGAAUCAUGAAAUAGUCCCUCCUAGUUUGAUUGCCUCCAUUGCCAGUCUUAAACAUGGAGGUUGUAAUAAAAUUCUGAAAGAAUUAACAAAACACAGACUUAUAGCUUAUGAACGAACUAAAACUGUCUAUGGUUAUCGAUUAACUAAUGGAGGGUAUGAUUACCUUGCCUUGAAAACAUUGACUUCCCGAGAUGUGAUCUGUUCUGUUGGGAACCAAAUGGGUGUUGGAAAAGAAUCAGAUAUUUACAUUGUUGCAAAUGAAAAAGAAGAGCAACUUGUAUUAAAAUUGCAUAGACUUGGGAGGACCUCCUUUCGGAACUUGAAAAACAAGCGUGAUUACCACAAACACAGACACAAGAUGUCAUGGCUCUAUCUCUCACGUCUUGCUGCAAUGAAAGAAUUUGCCUAUAUGAAGGCUUUGUAUGACAGACAGUUUCCUGUUCCAAAACCAUAUGACUACAACAGACAUGCAGUAGUAAUGGAACUUGUCAAUGGCUACCCACUGUGUCAGGUGCGUCAUCUUGAAGACCCUGCCUCCUUAUAUAAUGAGUUAAUGGAAUUAAUUGUAAAACUUGCCAACCACGGCUUGAUCCAUGGUGAUUUUAAUGAAUUCAAUCUCAUGUUAGAUGAUAAAGACCAGGUUACAAUGAUUGAUUUCCCACAGAUGGUAUCAACCUCUCACCCAAAUGCUGAAUGGUAUUUUGACAGAGAUGUGAAAUGUAUCCGUGAUUUCUUCAUGAAGCGCUUCAGCUAUGAAAGUGAACUAUAUCCAACUUUUAAGGAUGUUAGGAAAGAGUGUUCUCUUGAUAUUGAAAUUUCAGCCAGUGGCUACACCAAAGAAAUGCAGGAAGAUGAUGAAUUACUUUACCUGGAUUGUCCUGAGACAUUUUCUGAUAUGCAAGAUCCAGAAGGAGAGAUUGCUUCAUGUAACAGCGUAGAUCCAAUGACUGACGGGAACUUCAUACAUGAGGUUAAAAAACCUUCAGGAGAUUUGUUGCAGACCCCUGAGGAAGAUAGUGCAGAUGAAGAUGAAGACAGCUUAGAUUUGCAGGGAUUCAGCUGUGCCUUACAGCAGAUUGAAGGACAGGUGAUGACUGAAGAGAAGUCUGACCCUGAAAGCUCUGUCAUUGAUUUUCCUGGUGAUAAGAAGAGCCUUGAAAAAACCACCCAGUUGGAAGACAAAGAGGUUCAUGGAGAAGAUGCUGCUGACAAAGAAUAUGAAGAUGAAUGCUCCGGUCUGGUUGAUCUGUCUACAUUAAACAGGGAAUUUAGACCUUUCAGGGAUGAAGAGAGCCUGUUUCAUGUCAAUCAGCACAGGACAAGAACGACUAGUAUGACUUCAGUAUGGAGCACUACAAGUCAGUCAACAAUUCCUCCUGAACUGGUAAAACAGAAAGUAAAACGCCAACUAAAUAAACAACAAAAAGCUGCUUUCAGACGACGACUGCAGAAAGGAGAAGCUAACAUUUACACCAAACAACGGCGGGAAAACAUGUACAAUAUCAAAUCAAGUUUGGAUUCAGCCAGCUUCUGGGAAUGACAUCCUAUGGAGAAAUUUAUCUUUUUUUCUCCCAUCUCACAAAUCAAACGAAUCUUUUAUUUUGAACUACUUGCAGAGGGGAAAUGUCCAGAGUUCAUAAAUGUCAUUAAACACAAAAAUAAUUGCAUCUUCACAGCCUGACACAGAUUUAUGUAAUGUGCAUGAUGACUGUCUUACACAAAUGAGGCAAAUGGCAAUUGUCCUUUGUGUAAGACAUCACAACACAAAUAGUGUCCAUUGCUGUGGAAAUUUGGCCCAUCGCUUAGAAAGUCCAUUGCAUAAGUUUUCAUUGAAGCGAUAUAUUCCAUUCUUGUAUCCUGAGUGGGGUUUUUAAAAAUUUCUAAAGUAACAGGCUAUAUGAGGGUAGGGGAAUAGGACUGAUCUUGAACCCAUAGGGUAAAUCAGGGCAGACUUUUCAAGUCAGUCCAUAACUUGGUUAAAACAAAUUGCUAUUUAACUUGACUGUGUUUAAAUUGCCUUGAGGUCUAUGCAGUAGUUGAUAUAAAACUUUCAAUGAUGCUUGGAUCUUGGAGUUGUACAAAUUUAACACUUGCACUGAAUCUAAAGUUCUUUUUUCCAAACCCCAAAGGUUACCAAUAAACCCCAUCCAAACUGUGUCAGGUAAUGAAAAUGAUAUUGCACAGACCUUGCAAGAAUGUUUCAAAAAGACAAUGAGGUACUGCUAAUAUUUUUUCAUAUAUUUAUUCAACAUUUUACUAAAUGGCCUAUUGCCAAGGGUCCUAAGCCCUAUAGGUAGGCUUAUUUAGUCAAAAUGUUGUAUUUUUAGAAUAUAAAAAAAUAGUUGGCAUGCUUCAUCUACCAUUAUUUAAGAAAAACAGCAUAAAAAGUCUAUGUUUUGAAAAAAAAUUUACAGGAGAACAGAGUAAUAAAAAAAAUUUAUGACUUCAGAGAUAAAAAGCUCAGUGGAAUAAGAACUUUAAUCACUCAUUUAACAAGUUACAUGUGUAACAGAAAGUACUGUUUUUUUAAACAGGAGCUGUUAUUUUUGUGUUACGGACACUUCUUGCCCUUUAAGAACUUUGUACUAAGAGUGUUUCUGUUAUUUCAGAAAAAUACAUUAAAAUUAUCUGGUAUAUUGAAAAAUAAUCAACUUUCAAGUAAUAUUACUUCCUAUUGUUAACCAGAAGCCUAACGUAGUUUUAUUAUGUGACACAACAAUUUCUAAUUUGCAUCCAGACAGCCUGCUAGAUUGUAGUUCAGUGAACUCCCAGGAAGUAAAACCAUGAUUAAUUUCACCAAGGAUAGUGUGUAAAACCUACUUUCCAAUAGCAUUUUUAGGAAUUUGCAUGUUCUCUGUUCCUUUCUGUUAUUCUUACCCCUUCAUUUUUCAUCUUCAGGUACAUGCUGGUGAAAAUUUAAUAAGAAAAAAAAACUACUCUUAAAUUAGUAACAGUUCAGGCUCUGUACAUAUUCAGUGGGGAGGGGGGUGUUUCUCCAGUUUCUGGAAGAUUUGCAAUAAAGUGUAGAUCAUUUGGGUGUUUUGCUAUUUUUUUAACUGGCAAUAUGCAGCAAGUAAAUGGCAGAACAGCCAGAGAAGGUGCCAUCAAAAGAAUAAUGAAACCAUUCAUGAUUUAUCACCAAGCACAAAAUAUAAAUGUUCACAACAAACUGAGAAAGUGGACCAAUCAAAAGAGAAUAGCACCAAAUUCAAUCACUGAUCAAUAGAUACUUCCCAAGAAGUACCCAAUCGUCAACCAAUCCCCCAAAAUUCAGAUCCCCGCAAAUUAUAAAUAUGGCAAGAACUCACAUUGAUCACUGCACUUCUGAAACACAUAGCAAAAUGUGUGCAACACUUGUGCUAUACACUUCUGUGCAGAUUUUCCUGAGUCCAGAGAAUCCCAAAGAAAGUAUGUAAAAACAAAACUCAAUUUGAGACUUCAGAAUUAUACCUAAUUUUAGCUGACACACUACAGUCUCUAUAACCGUGAUGGCGAACCUAUGGCAUGUGUGCCAGAAGUGGCACGCAGUGCCCUCUCUGGGCACACAAGCCAUCGCUACAGUUCAGCUCUGUUGUGCAUGCACGCACGCCUCCCGCCAGUCAGCUGGUCUUCAGGUCUGCUGCUCAUACAUGGGCGUGGCACAUGCAGGGGGCACUUGCCCAUGUGCAGGGGGUGCGCACCAGGGGUAAAAUCUACUGCCUUAUCAGUUCGGAAGUGCACAUGCCCCUGCGCAUGAUGUGCAUGCACAAAACCUGCACAUGUGCAGAAGGUAAAAAACAUUAGUUCCUGGUUAAAACCAGGAAGUAAUAACACCCAGGCGGGUGGGCGGAGCUUUGCUCCGCCAUCGCUACUGAAUUGCCGAACCACCAGCCAUGAUCGCUAGAUCCGGUCAGAACCUGGUGCAUUUUAUCCCUGGUCCACACACAUUGCAUUUUGGGGAUUUAGGCAUGUGCAUGCAUGCAUGCGUGUGCUUUGGGCGCUUGGUCCAGUAAAGGUUAGCCAUCACUGCUUUAGAAUGUGACCAAGACCUUAUAAAUAGAAGUAGUUCCGCUAUGUAAUGUUUGAGUUACAGUGAAUCAUCCUGUUGUAAUAUAAUUACACAUUGCAUUUAUCAAAGCAUUUCUCCUUUCUUCUCUUCAUCCCAAAGUUCAAGUGAAAGAUUUUGCUGUUACAAUAAGAUUUUUAUAUUCAUACACACUGGUAAACUAGGUUUAACCAUAGUUUAAUAAUGAUUUAUUUUUAAUAAUGAUUUAUUAUAAUGAUUCAUAAUGAAGGCCAUUAUGAUUUCACUUGCCUGGCACAGUAUUAUAUGAAGCAAAAAUCAAACCUAUAUCAUUAAAUCUUAGUAUGAUGCAUAAAUAACCUAGCUGUGAUCUAAUGUAAAUAUAAAUUUAAUCCAAAAUGUGGUAAAUCAAUAGAAUUUUUUCCUUCCUUACAAAACAAACUUUGAAUUGAUUCAAUUCAAUUUUUCAACUCAAUUAGAAAACAUCAGAUUCAAUUCAUACAUUUUACUAUCAAUCCAAUUUAGUAAAUUGAUUACAUUCGGUCAUUUGAUGUGAUAAACUCUACUCAUGUUUUUUCUAGGCUCUCAGUUUAUGGCUUGUUCGUAAGCUUUUUCAUACAGUACAGAAAAAGUCACUGAAAGAUAAAAGCAGUACAUAAAAAAUUAAAUAUAAAUGUAAGAAUUUGGCUCUAAUCCUAUGCACAUACUUCAAAGUUAUGCACCAUUGAACCAUUAAAUUUACUUCUAAAUAAAACAGGACUACUUAGAAAGGUAUGGCCAAAAAUAACCAAUGUUCCCUAACUCCACUUUUAUUUAGAUUAAAACCUGUCUCUUUACAGAUAGAAACAAGAGUUUAGCCUCAGGUUUUCAGUGUUUAUAUCUUUUAAGAAGAUUUUUGAAAUAUCUAAAAUCUUUAAAAGGUCAACAUGUCAUUUAUACAAAGCAUGAACUCAACCGUGCAUCGUUCCUGUUUUAUAUACAUACAUUCAUCAAAUUUAUUUACUAGGAACUUCAGCAAAUAUGUAGGCUAAAUGAAUAAUGUUCCUAACAAUCUGAACACAGCUGUACGCAGUAGGUGUAAAACAUUCCUCAGAAUGAACUUCUUCAGUAUUUUUCUAGCUAUAUUCAGGAUGCUUAUCCAACUAAUUGCAGUUUCAAAAGUUGCAAUUGUUUACGAAACUGCUUAAUGUUAAAUGUGAUUUAGAUUUUAACAGGCUAAUAGAGAUUUGUACUAUGAGUUUUAAUACUCUGAAAUUAAGGAAUUAAAUAACAUUUGAUGAAAACAAUACCAUAGAAGUUGGGGAAAUCAAAUUACACGAUUAUCUUUGAAAUUAUUUCUCUUCCAGCCUGCGUUAAUAAAAUAACUUCCCUGGCAAUGGUAUUAUUUCCAGGUAAAUUCUAAGUGCUGUUUAGGACUUGCAUUAUACAGAUAUGGUUACGGAUGAUUUCCUGAAAAAUUAUACCAUAGGAACUUGCCCAAUUUUAAUAUCUUUGGGGAAAGUCCUCCUUUGAAAGCCAUAACCACCGGAAGCCCAUUUCUGGUUCCAUAGUAGCCUAUGGAACUACUGGGCUACUUUCUCUCAGAUAUUCUUUUGUGAGAGACAAGAAUAUUUCUAUCCAGACUACUUUUGGCCUGUAAGCCAACUUGUUGCCAAAGAAAUCUGAUGUAUGAAAGUGCCAUUUAUUUAUUCAUACUGAAGUAUGUUAAAUUUUACUUUCAAUUAAUUUGUAUUUUCAAUUUUGCUUUUAAUUCCAGGUAGUCCUCAACUUUACAACAGUUUAUUUCGUUCAUUUCACCUUUCGAAAUUACAACAGCACUGAAUAAAGUGACUUACUGACCAGG